GGCUGGGCCGCAGCGAGACAGUUGGCUGAGUCCUGUGGCCGCCGCGGGAGAAGGGGAGGACCGAGCCGGCAGCUGCGGACGUCGGCUUGUAUUAAGCCUCUCGCCCGCCCUUGCCAGUUCCCGCAUGGUGCCAAUUUCUCACUAAGCGGCGGCGGCGGCGAGGUGUGAGGGACGCACGGCGGGGGCGGCUCGGGGUCGAGGCUUCCCGUCGCCCUCACUUCCUCCUGCGGCGCCCGUGCGUGGCCGUCUCGGCCGGCGGGAUGGCGGCGGCGGCGGCCCGGGGGAGUGGCCGCGCAUCGGCGCCCCGGCUGCUUCUGCUCUUGCUGCUCGCGCUGCUGUGGGCCCCGACCGGCGUAGGCGCUGUUCCCAACGAAGACCUUAGCCACCGGAACAAGGAACCGCCGGCGCCUGCCCAGCAGCUGCAGCCGCAGCCCGCGGCAGUGCAGGGCCCCGAGGCAGCCCGGGCCGAGAAAGGAUUUACACCAGCUGCCCCGGUUCAUGGCAAUAAAGAAGAUCCGGCUGCCCAAACAAAUUUGGGAUUUAUCCAUGCGUUCGUCGCCGCCAUAUCGGUUAUCAUUGUAUCUGAGCUGGGCGACAAGACAUUUUUCAUAGCGGCCAUCAUGGCCAUGCGCUAUAACCGGCUGACGGUGCUGGCGGGGGCCAUGCUCGCCUUGGGCCUGAUGACGUGCCUGUCAGUUUUGUUUGGCUAUGCCACCACAGUCAUCCCCAGGGUGUAUACAUACUAUGUUUCAACUGCAUUAUUUGCCAUUUUUGGCAUUAGAAUGCUUCGAGAAGGCUUAAAGAUGAGUCCAGAUGAAGGUCAAGAGGAACUGGAAGAAGUUCAAGCGGAAUUAAAGAAAAAAGAUGAAGAAUUUCAAAGAACCAAACUCUUAAAUGGACCAGGAGAUGUUGAAACGGGUACAAGCACGACGCUACCUCAGAAAAGAUGGCUGCAUUUUAUCUCACCCAUCUUUGUUCAGGCCCUUACAUUAACAUUCUUAGCAGAAUGGGGUGAUCGCUCACAACUAACUACAAUUGUUUUGGCAGCUAGAGAGGACCCGUAUGGUGUAGCAGUGGGUGGGACAGUGGGCCACUGCCUAUGCACCGGAUUGGCAGUGAUUGGAGGAAGAAUGAUCGCACAAAAAAUCUCUGUCAGAACUGUGACAAUCAUAGGAGGCAUCGUAUUUUUGGCGUUUGCAUUUUCUGCACUGUUCAUAAGUCCCGAUUCUGGUUUUUAACAAGCCGUUUGCUCAUUUGUAUUUUGUUAAGAUAGGUAGCUCUUAUGUUUAUAUACAUAGUGUACAUCAUAACUAAAAGUGACAGAAAAGACUUUUUAUAGCAUUGAUUUGUGAGUUUGACCCACUUAAUGAAAGUAUUAUGUCCAAAAGAAAUAAUCAUUCUUUUUCAACAUGGAUUUUUCAAAGAAACCUGAUAUCCAAGUGUGGGUUUUUCUUUUCUCCAGCACAAUUAUGUUAAUAUGAUCGCUGUUUUUUUUCUUUUAGUAUUUGUGGGGGUUUUUUGGUGGGAGAGGGUAUAUACAUAGAACCAUUGUACAGUGGUUGAUUUCCUUUUCAGCACUGACCUCUUUAAUGAGGAAGAUAUAUUUUCUCCUGUAUCACUGAGUGUUUUAAGAUAUUUGCCUUAAAAUUUUUCUUGGGGGAGGAAUGAAUUUUUAGCUUUUAAAAUAUUAAGCCAGAAAGCAGUGUAAUCACAUCUUUAAAAAAAAAAAUUUUUUUUUUUUAAAGAAUAAUUUAUGACGAGAAUUGUUUGCCAGGUCCACUCUCCCUCCCUUUUUUUUUUUUAAAUUGGGUAAGAAACCCAAUAUAAAAACAGUCAAUAUUUGACAAUGUGGAAUUACUAAAUUAAAAGAAUACUAUGAGUGUAUUCAUAUUUUUUCUAUAUUGAAUAAACCAUGUAACAUACAGUGUAAAUAAAAGUGGUAUGACCAGA